GCGCCGCCUGGGCCGGCGCCGUUUCCAGUUGAGAGAUGGCGGCCGCCGCAGGUAGAUCGGUCCUGCUGCUCCUCUCCUCCCGGGGCGGCGGCGCCGGCUGCGGGGCGCUGACUGCCGGCUGCUUCCCCGGGCUGGGCGUCAGCCGCCAGCGGCAGCACCAGCAGCACCGGACGGCGCACCAGAGACUCACUUCCUGGCAGAACCUGGGAGUUGUUUACUGCAGUACAGUUGUGCCCUCUGAUGAUGUGACAGUGGUUUAUCAAAAUGGGUUACCCGUGAUAUCUGUGAGGCUCCCGUCCCGGCGUGAACGCUGCCAAUUCACUCUCAAACCUAUCUCUGACUCCGUUGGUGUAUUUUUACGACAACUGCAAGAAGAGGAUCGGGGAAUUGACAGAGUCGCGGUCUACUCACCAGAUGGUGUUCGAGUUGCUGCCUCUACAGGGAUAGAUCUCCUCCUCCUUGAUGACUUUAAGCUGGUCAUCAACGACUUAACGUAUCAUGUACGGCCACCAAAGAGAGACCUCUUAAGCCAUGAAAAUGCAGCCACACUGAACGACGUGAAGACCCUGGUCCAGCAGCUCUACACCACUCUGUGCAUCGAGCAGCACCAGCUAAACAAGGAGAGGGAGCUCAUCGAGAGACUAGAGGACCUCAAGCAGCAGCUGGCUCCCCUGGAGAAGGUUCGAAUUGAAAUUAGCAGAAAAGCAGAGAAGAGGACCACUUUGGUGCUAUGGGGUGGCCUUGCCUACAUGGCCACACAGUUUGGCAUUCUGGCCCGGCUCACCUGGUGGGAGUAUUCCUGGGACAUCAUGGAGCCGGUCACCUAUUUUAUCACGUAUGGAAGUGCCAUGGCCAUGUAUGCAUAUUUUGUAAUGACACGCCAGGAAUAUGUUUAUCCAGAAGCCAGAGACAGACAAUACUUACUAUUUUUCCAUAAAGGAGCCAAGAAGUCACGCUUUGAUCUAGAGAAAUACAAUCAACUCAAGGAUGCAAUUGCUCAGAAAUGGACCUUAAGAGACUGAGAGACCCAUUACAAGUACAUCUGCCCCUCCGACAAAUUGGUGAAAAGGAUUGAUCUGAGAAGAGCCUGUGAAUCCCGGCAGAAAGAACACCUGGUUUAACUCUUGCCUUUUUAAUUAAAUCACUGCAGGUGGAAGCUGGGGGCCAUAUGGGGUAGAGGGGUUUUUAUACCUUUAAUUAUAAAUCAAAACACAAAUGGAUCUUAGCAAAGAAAGGAAUGUUAAAUUCUAAGGAUCAGGCAUGUGGAACAUGAGCUCAAAGGGCUUAGUGGAUCUUGUAAUCAAGCAUCUCAGUUUCCAAUGACAAUGAUGCAGUUAUAACUGAGAGGCAUAAAGAGGACGCGAUGCUGGGGUGUUCGCUUCUUGCAUCUUUGCAGGGUCAGCAAAACAGUAACACACCAGCACCCCACUCAGCUCUGUUUGUUUUUUUUUUUUAUUUAAAGUUUCUUAUUUUUGGCAUAGGAGUAAAUAGAUGUAGGAGAAAAGUAAACCCUUAUGAUAUGGGCUGGCGGAGUCUCAGCCCGAGUCCUUCGCCCUUGUUUUAAACUAGACCCAGUCUCUGCAAAGUUACCAGGAAUCUCUCCCUCAUGGAUCCCUUUUCUAACUACCUACCUACCUAUACCUCUUGGUUAAUGAUAAUUGGAAUCAAUUUAUGACUAUUUGAUGAUUGACACUUGGAUUAUCUCACAAUACUGUCUGUAUGCCCCAGGGGUCUGGAUCAGUACCUAGAAAUCAUUGGCAAUACUGCAUGAGGUUUUUGUUUUGUUUUGUUUUUUACUAAUUAGUCUUUCAGAGGAGGAAAGAUUCCCUCCUUUAUAGCCUGUCCCAUUGAUAACCCCCUCCCCCUCCAUGUCACAGAUCAGAGGGCAAAUGUUCAGCUGUAUUACCAAAUCAGGAAGAUAUAAGGUUUACAAACUGGCUAAAAUCGUGGCUGUGUGGCCUUUUCAGAACCAGAAUAAUCUCAUUGCUAUCUAUCUGCUUGUGUGACAGCAUUCCAGGCCACCUGGAAGGCCCUGAGGUGUCUGGAGUCUUGGCUAAUCUAGGACACACACACUUCCACACCAUUGUGAGCCCUCCCAACUCUACCACUCCAGUUGCUGUAAAUCAAGGGUGUGGACCUCAAAGGGUGCAAUUUAUCUUUAUACAGGAGUACAUUUCUAUUGGCUUGCUUUAGCCUACCUUCUCCACCCUGUUUUUCUUAUCUUAAGUUGAGAGACAGAAGACUUGUACACUCUAGCAGGAUGUUUUCUACCAUAUUUCCAGAUGACCUCCGGAGAGUCAAAGGAAUCUGCCAAGGGUCCUGUUUUUAACUGUUGUGGGGCAGGGUUGCUAGGAUGCUGGGGCUGCCCCACAGCUGGCCGGCUCUUUCACACGAUUCAUCCCUCCUCAUGCGGCAAGGGGUUUCUUUUUUCCUCCUCCUUUGGGAUCAUUGUGUAUGAAAGAAAACCUUUAAAGGACAAACCCAGACUCCAGGUGCCUUGCAGAGGUUGAAGGGCAGCCAGGGACUGCUGCCCCCCCCCACCCCUCACUGGCAUGACAGAAUGAAAGGAUGCAUGUCUCUUUUCCCCAGCUCCUACUUCCUUCCCAUCCUUCAACCUCUCCCUCUUUUCUUUUUGUUGUGUGGAUUAUUUUUAAACCAUUUAUCCUGUUUGUGUACAGGGUUUUUAAGAAGCAGCAGCACAGCGUAAUGAGCAAAUCCUCGGGGGGGUGUGGGAGGGAGGACAUGAAGAACAGUCCUUACCAAUAGUGAAAUGUUGAACAUGUGUACAAUCCUGUAUCAUUUAUGAAAUAUGUAUAAAAAGAAAUGUACCUUCUGGAACAAUAAAUACUUAUUCAAUUUUUGAAUCAGA